GGUGAGCUGCGGGGGCCGCGCCGUGCGCGCGACUCGGCCGCGAGCCGCAGGCCGUCGGCGGCGAAGUGGGGGCUGUAACUUGACACCGGAGCGAGAGGCCGAGCGGAGAGAGGGAGCGAGAGAGCGGCGGCGGCGGAGGAGGAGGAGAGGAGCCCCAGGGAGCGGGAUGGUGACCACCUUCUUCCCCUCCCCUUAGCGGCGCUUCGCAGCAGCCGCCGCCGCAGCGCCGGGAUUCUCGCCUGCACGGGACCGGGGGAAGCCGGCGAUGGGGACGGGACGGGCCCCCUGAGUCACCGCGAACUUUCCCCGCCGCGGGCAGCCGGAGCCGAGCAGGCGGAUGGAGGAUGCGCCCUGCCCGGCGGGCAGCGUGAGCCGGCGGCGGGGGUAGCAUGAAGAAGAAGCAGCAGCACGGCGGCGGCGGGGACUGCCCUGCGCCCCGGCCCCCCGCGGCAGUGGCGGCGGCAGGGGGCCCGAGCCAGGGCGGGGGCUGGAAGCGGCGGCGGCCCCUCUCGCUGCUGCCCUUCCUCUCUCUGCGCGACUACGGCUUCUGCAUGGCCGCCCUGCUGCUCUUCUGCGUGGGCUCCCUCUUCUACCAGCUCAACGGGGGACCCCCGCACUUUCUGCUGGACCUGCGGCACUAUCUGGGAAAUUCCACUUAUUUGGAUGACCACGGACCCCCCCCUCAAAAGGUACUUCCUUUCCCCAGCCAGGUGGUCUACAACAGAGUUGGAAAGUGUGGGAGUAGAACUGUGGUUUUGCUUUUGAGAAUUUUAUCAGAGAAACAUGGAUUCAACCUGGUAACAUCUGAUAUUCAUAACAAAACAAGACUGACCAAAAACGAACAGAUGGAAUUGAUUAAAAACAUAAGCACUGCUGAGCAGCCCUAUUUAUUCACUAGACAUGUUCAUUUCCUCAACUUCUCAAGGUUUGGAGGAGACCAGCCGGUGUACAUCAAUAUUAUUAGAGAUCCUGUCAAUCGAUUUCUAUCCAAUUAUUUUUUCCGACGUUUUGGAGACUGGAGAGGAGAACAGAAUCAUAUGAUCCGUACCCCCAGCAUGAGGCAGGAGGAAAGAUAUCUGGACAUUAAUGUGUGUAUCCUUGAAAACUACCCUGAAUGUUCCAAUCCCAGGUUAUUUUAUAUCAUACCCUAUUUCUGUGGGCAGCAUCCAAGAUGCAGGGAACCUGGUGAAUGGGCCCUUGAAAGAGCAAAGCUGAACGUUAAUGAAAACUUCCUGCUUGUGGGGAUUCUGGAGGAGUUGGAGGAUGUGCUGCUUUUAUUAGAAAGAUUCUUACCUCAUUAUUUCAAGGAUGUUCUUAGCAUCUACAAAAACCCAGAACAUAGGAAACUUGGCAAUCUGACUGUGACAGUGAAAAAGACCGUCCCCUCUCCAGAAGCAAUACAGGUCCUCUACCAACGUAUGAGAUACGAAUAUGAGUUUUAUUACUAUGUCAAAGAACAGUUCCACCUCCUAAAGCGCAAGUUUGGACUGAAGUCUCAUACCAGGAAACCACGUCCCAGACCUGAGUUCUUCAUUCCUUCUCCCCUGGAAACAGAGGAACCAAUAGACGAUGAGGAAGAAGAUGACGAAAAGUGGCUAGAGGAUAUCUAUAAAAGGUGAUGGAUGGAAGAGCUAUCCUUUCUCUUCUGGUGAUCCCUCAAGCUUUCUUAAGAUUUUUUUAAUUAUUAUUAAAAGUAAUUCUUUAAGAAACUGAUUUAAUGCGCAGCAGCAUUUAAAACAGAAAGAAACACAGCGUUCCCAUGUGUUGGGGCAAUGGGGAGAUACCUGGUUUUGUGGGUUUGAAGUUAUUAUACUGUGUUGGCUCUAUAGAUUUCUUGCUAUAGGGUAUUUCAAGAGAGAAUUAUCUGUUGUCUAUCACAAAAUAACUUUUGGAGUACACCGCAGUCCUCUGGGCAUCUGCAAAACAUGAAAUACAUCACGCAGUAUUGCAAAGUGGAUUUUACAGAUUCUCAUCUCUCUCUUUCUCCAGAAGCAAGUCAUCAUUGCAUAAUACAGUGGCAUUAUCUACCGGAAAUGAGAAGGCAGUGAGCCAUUUGGGAAGAGUGCCUCUCUGCCCCGAGAGCACUGGUACUCAUUCCACUGAUGCAGUCAGAGCCUUUGCCACGUGUUCACAUCUGAAGAUAACAGGCUCAAAAUUGGGUUAGAUAAUGGCUUCUGAAUUUCUCAGUGUGGGAGGAGUGAGUCUACUAUUCUGGCAAAUUAAUGUGAGUGGACACGAGGCGAGUUACAGAAACUAGAUAUUUUUGGUAAGCCCUUCUAAUUCAUACAGUAAAAAAGUCAGUAAACAGCAAGAAUGGAUGAAGAAUUUGAAGAGUUGGGACAGGUGAUGUAAACUGGAGUUUUAUUUCUUGCAGCGAAGUACAAUUCUAUUAGAUUCUGAAGGAAAAGAUACAGUACAUGGUUUUUAUGUUCAGGAAGAGUAUUUGUAGAUUUUUAUUUUUAUUAUGGACCAGAAAUCUAAAAAGAUGUAGUUAAAAAAAAAAAGGUCACUCAGUUAAAAAAAAAUUAAAAGAGAUGGAGCUCUGUUUAAGUAUAAGCAUUGUUUCUGUAGUCACAGAAUUUAAUUGUUCUUGUAUGAAGCAGCUGCCCCUACAGGCAUCUGCCUUUUGUAUGGCUAGAAAUAAAAUUAAUAGUAAGGCUACACUCAAACUCUCUAGUUGAAAUACUUCAGAAUUCUAAAACAAAGAGAAGAAGGAGCUUUGUAAAAUUGUCAGCUUAGCAAUGCAUUGUUGCAAGAUGCACUGUGAAAGUCUGCCCUUGUUGGUCACUGCAACUAGUAAUGUCAGGCAGUAGGCUGGGGUCAGAAAUGGGAGUAGCUCCCAUGUGCAGUGUCUUCUAGAUAAGUGUCCUGGGGCUCCUGGUGAUGAGCAGCUCAGAAUUGACUUCAAUGGACAGAGCCCAAUAGUAUUAGGGUUUCUCAGUGAGGUCUUAGCCUUUUAUGCAUGCUUUUGCUCAGAGGAAGCUAACCAAUACAAGAUAAUAGCAAUAAGCUCCUGUUCCAGAGCACAGGAAAGCAGCUCCUUGCCAGGAUGAGUCCCAUUCAGUAACACUUCAGGAGUAAGGCUGCUGUGUCCAACUCACUCGUUUCUUCUGAAACGUCUGCUGGGCAAUUUUGGCUGCUCUAGAGCAGUGUGACUUCUGUCUGCAAGGUCACCCUUCAGUGUGAACUAAGAGGCAAAAGUUAUCUUGUGAUGGACAAGGCAAAUAAACUCAGGCUAAGCUCAGAUGUGUUUUGUCAAGAAUUUCCUCUGCCACAAUCCUGCUGAGAUCCAAUACCAAUUAUGACCUGUUUCCAUCACCAGUCAGUCUUUACUGUACGUACAUACAGAGAACAAAAAUAAAGAAGUGUAAUCAUGUUGAGAAAAGGUGUUUAUUUGCAGAAAAUGCUACAUAGAAAAUUCGAUUCUCAUUAACAUCCCAAGUUGGUGGUAGAAAUACACUACCAAAAGGGAGUACAUUAAAGAAAACUGAAAGUGGCAUGGAUAACAACUAACCUAUUAGCUAAAAUAUGAAUCUGCUGCAUUGUAUAUUUUAAGUGGUUUCUAUGAAAUUACAUUGAAAGAGUAAUGAUGAGUUUACACACUGUGGAAUUGUUAUAUCUUGGAAAGAAUAUUAAUAUUCUCGCCUCUCAGAAGUUCUAUUUGACACUUUUUGCCAACGCUGUAACAGAGUAAUCAGUCACUUAACACAUUCCUGCAAGUUCACUGCCACUUACUGUUAAGUCUAUUUUUAUCUGUUUAUUUAAUGGCAUCUUCUGCCAUCACUACUUAUAACCUAAAUACAAAAACUGUUAAACAAUUUACUUGCUAGGUUUUAAUGUUGUUGUAUUUUUCAUAACAAUUAACCUGGCCUCUCCUCCUUGAAUGGUACUUCAUAAGUUUAUCUGGCACACAGCAUCUAAGAUUCCUGAUCCUACAGCUUACUUGUCUGUCAUUAAACACAUUUUACGUAAUUGUUAAAAGGUACCUGUGAAGCUGGUUUAUCUUUGACUUAUUUAUUGAAACUUUCCAACACAUUCCAAAUUUUAAGUUGCUCAGGAAGAAGUUGAUUUAAAAGAUUAUAUUUUGAUCUGAUUAAUGUUUCUUAUUCAAAGAAAAACAUUGUUUUUAAUCCUUUAGCCCACAACAGCUUUGUAGGAAGUGCCGUGCAUGUACUUGUAAAUCUUUGUUGGGAGAAAAAGGUGGUUGCUUGACAUUUAUGAAAAUAAGAAAAUAUAUGUGUACUUCAGCUUAGCUAUAAGUGAAAGCAAGUAUAUUUUGGGAUGAAAUAUUCCUUAACUUAUUCACUACCAUCUCCUGAAUUCUGAAGAAGCCAUAUGACUCUAUUUUUCAGUCCAGCGAUGGUUAAAAAUAAAACUCGUGCAUUUCUUCUUA